AUGCUUUCUGCAGUGUUGUAUAUGCAUACAAGCGGUGUCUGCCACCGUGAUCUCAAGCCCGAGAAUUUCCUUUUCUUGACAAAAGGCCCAAUCGACAAGAACGUCCUGAAGAUCAUCGAUUUCGGUCUCUCCAAAGCUUUUGAAGACGGUGUUCACAUGACCACAAAGGCCGGCACGCCGUACUAUGUGGCACCACAAGUGCUGCAGGGCCGGUACGACAAGUCCUGUGACAUUUGGAGCUGCGGAGUCAUCAUGUACACAAUGCUGUGCGGGUAUCCGCCCUUCUACGGAAAGACCGACCAGGAGGUCUUGAGCAAAGUGAGAAAAGGCCUCUACACUUUUGAUUCGAAAGACUGGAAGUUCGUGUCGGAGGACGCGAAGAAGCUUAUCUCGCAGUUGAUCAAGCUGGAUCCGGAGCACAGAUACACUUCCAAGCAGGCGCUUGACGACCCAUGGAUCGUGCAAAGAGCGCCGCGAGCCGCGGACGUGUCGCUGCACGGCGACCAGCUGUCAAACCUCCGCUCCUUCAGGUCGCAGAACCGACUCAAGAAGGCUGCCCUGAAUAUCAUCGCAGGGCAGAUGAACGAAGCACAGAUUGCGGACUUGAGGGAUGUCUUCAAAGCCUUGGACAAGAAUGGCGAUGGCUUCCUGACGCUGGAGGAGCUUCAGGACGGCAUCACCAAAGCAGACAUCAAGCACAAGGACAUCGACCUAGCGGCAAUCAUGGAAGGCGUGGAUGCUGACGGCAGUGGGCAGAUUGACUACACUGAGUUCUUGGCCGCGACGCUGGACAAGAGACUGUAUCUCCAGCGGGAUGCUUGCUGGGCAGCCUUUAGUGUGUUUGACCAGGAUGGCAAUGGCCUCAUCACAGUCGAUGAGCUCAAGCAAAUUUUGGAGGAGGGCAGCAUGGAGGAAGUGCUUGACGGCCGAACCUCCGAGGAGCUGCUGCAAGAAAUCGAUAAGAAUGGCGAUGGAUCAAUCGAUUUUGAGGAGUUCAUGGAUAUGAUGGAGAAAGGCCGCUCGCAGUCCAUGGAGCUGAACACCCCGAAGGCCUGGAGAUCUGCGUGCAGCAUACUCAUCAGUCGGCUUUUGGCCUCAGCACAGUUACAGCGUCAUGCUCUUGCGCUGUGA